UGAGACGCAGGAGGGCUACAUCCGAUCUGAGUUUAGAAGUCUUGCCGUAGGAAGGUAGAGGGAUUAUUUGGUAAAGAUUGUUUUUGUGUCAGAAGUUUAUAUCUAAACAUUUCCUGGAAGUGUCACGUAAACAUGAGGAAGCUGUGGCUUAUAGGUCUCUUUUGUGCGCUUCUAGCAUUUACAUCAGUUCGAGCAGAAGAUGAAGUGGAUGUAGAUGGAACUGUGGAAGAUGAUUUAGGAAAAAGCAGGGAUGGGUCCAGGACAGACGAUGAAGUAGUUCAAAGAGAGGAAGAGGCUAUCCAGUUAGAUGGGCUAAAUGCUGCUCAGAUAAAAGAGCUACGAGAGAAAUCUGAGAAGCAUGUCUUUCAGGCUGAGGUGAACAGGAUGAUGAAGCUGAUCAUUAACUCCCUGUACAAGAACAAGGAGAUUUUCCUGAGGGAGUUAAUCUCCAAUGCCUCUGAUGCCCUGGAUAAGAUUCGUCUGAUGUCUCUGACCAACGAUGAUGCAUUGGCUGGCAAUGAGGAGCUGACCAUUAAAAUUAAGUCUGACAAAGAAAAGAACAUGCUACAUAUAACUGACACUGGAAUUGGAAUGACACAGGAGGAGCUUGUAAAGAAUUUGGGCACCAUCGCCAAGUCUGGGACCAGCGAGUUCUUAAACAAAAUGACAGAAAUGCAGGCUGAUGAUCAGUCCACAUCGGAACUCAUUGGACAAUUCGGUGUUGGUUUCUACUCCGCCUUCCUUGUGGCGGACAAGGUCAUUGUAACAUCCAAGCACAACAACGACACGCAGCAGAUCUGGGAAUCUGACUCCAACGCAUUCUCUGUCAUUGAAGAUCCCAGGGGAAACACCUUGGGCCGUGGCUCAACAAUUACGUUGGUGAUGAAAGAGGAGGCAUCUGACUACCUGGAACUUGAGACCAUCAAGAACCUUGUGAAGAAAUACUCCCAGUUUAUCAACUUUCCCAUCUACGUUUGGAGUAGCAAGACUGAGACUGUGGAGGAGCCCCUUGAUGAAGCAGAGGCUGAAGCAGAAAAAGAUGAGACUGAUGCUGAUGAAGAGGCUGAAGUUGAGGAGGAGGAUGAAGAGAAAGAAAAGAAACCGAAGACUAAAAAGGUGGAGAAGACAGUAUGGGACUGGGAACUGAUGAAUGACAUCAAACCCAUCUGGCAAAGACAAGCAAAAGAAGUGGAGGAAGAUGAAUACACUGCUUUUUACAAAACCUUCUCCAAGGAUACAGAGGAUCCAAUGUGUUAUAUUCACUUCACUGCUGAAGGAGAGGUCACCUUCAAAUCCAUCCUGUUUGUGCCUGGUGCUGCUCCACGAGGGAUCUUUGACGAGUACGGAUCAAAGAAAAAUGACUUCAUCAAGCUGUUUGUCCGUCGUGUAUUCAUCACUGAUGAUUUCAAUGACAUGAUGCCCAAAUACCUGAACUUUGUCAAAGGAGUGGUUGACUCGGAUGACCUUCCUCUGAAUGUGUCCAGAGAAACCCUGCAGCAACACAAACUUCUCAAGGUUAUUCGUAAGAAGCUGGUGCGCAAGACCCUGGACAUGAUUAAGAAGAUUGGUGAUGAGAAGUACAAUGAGAAGUUCUGGAAGGAGUUUGGAACAAACAUCAAGCUGGGUGUGAUUGAGGACCACUCAAACAGGACACGUCUGGCGAAACUGCUGCGCUUCCACACCUCUCACAGCGAAACCGAGCUCAGCAGCCUUGAGCAGUAUGUGGAGAGAAUGAAAGAGAAGCAGGACAAAAUCUACUUCAUGGCUGGAACCAGCAGGAAGGAGGCACAGUCCUCCCCCUUUGUAGAGACUCUGUUGAAAAAGGGGUAUGAGGUAAUCUACCUGACUGAGCCAGUGGACGAGUACUGCAUCCAGGCCCUGCCUGAGUUUGAUGGCAAACGCUUCCAGAAUGUGGCCAAGGAGGGAGUUAAGUUUGAAGAGAGUGACAAAGCGAAAGAGAGGAGGGAGGCAAUGGUGAAGGAUUUUGAGCCCCUCACCAACUGGUUGAAGGAGAAGUCCCUGAAAGACAAGGUUGAGAAGGUUGUUCUAUCCCAGAGGCUCACAGACUCCCCUUGUGCUUUGGUUGCCAGUCAGUAUGGCUGGUCUGGAAAUAUGGAGAGGAUUAUGAAGGCACAAGCAUACCAGACAGGAAAAGAUAUUUCAACAAAUUACUAUGCUAGUCAGAAAAAAACCUUGGAAAUUAACCCUCGACACCCCCUUAUCAAGGAGAUGCUGAAACGUAUAACUGAAAAUGAGGAUGACCAGACCGCAGCUGACCUAGCGGUGGUUCUGUUUGAGACGGCCACCCUCCGUUCAGGGUAUCAGCUGGCAGACACCAAGGAGUAUGGAGACAGGAUAGAAAGGAUGUUGCGUCUCAGCAUGAAUGUUGACCUUGCUGAAAAGGUUGAGGAGGAACCAGAAGAUGUGACUGAAGAAACUGCAGAAGAGGAAGAUGAGGAAAUAAAAGCAGAAGAGGAGGAGGAUGAAGCAACAGAAGAUACUGAGCAGCAGUCCUCCAGUGACAAGGAUGAGCUGUAAAGUACUAAAGAGGGCUGGGCUGCACGUGAUCAGGAGCAGAACUCCAUCUGGAUCGGUCUGGACUCUGCAUUUGGGGGGGGUGGGGGACUGGAAAUGAAGGGGCAUAAGAGGUUUUUUUUUUUUUUUAAAAGGUGUUUGUUUUUGUUUUUUUACAUUCCUCAUGAUUGUAAAUGUGUUAAUAUUUAACUGAAUGUUUCUUGAGUAAAAACCAUUCUGUCAAGUGAACCAUUAAAUGUUUCUGAAAAACC